AUGGAUCUACUGGUCUCUUUGCGUUUCAGAAUGGAUAAAUCCUGGAUGAGUACUGAUAGAACGAAGAAACGUUAUAGAGAAGGAGUUGCGGCGUUUCUGCGGUAUGCUGUCAACCAUCUCAAGGAGGAGGACGUAGAAGAUCAUUUAUUCGUAAAUGGAAUCGAUCAAACGUAUACUAUUUGGAAUAAGCAUGGGGAAAAGGAUGAGGCAAUAACUAGUAGUAAGCCAGUUAACGUCAACAAUGGUAUGCACGCUGAAUUUGAAAUGGGAACUCCCACUGAUGCUCCAGACGAAGAUUUUGGAAUGGGAACUCCCACUGAUGCUCCAGACACUAUAGAUAUGAUGCAGGCUGCAGAAGAGUUCGCAGAUGACCCUAUAAAGUUUAAAAAGUUACUUGAAAAUGCUGAAAAGCCCUUAUACGAAGGAUGUCCCAACUUCACAAAGUUGUCUGCAAUUGUGCAGUUGUUUAAGUUGAAGAGUAAGCACGGUGCAUCAGACAUGUUUUUUAAUGAAUUGUUACCCUUGUUAAAGGACAUGCUUCCCAAAGAAGGUAAUUUAAUGGCGAGGAGUACAUAUCAGGCAAAAAAAAUAUUGAAAUCAAUGGGUUCAGGGUACACAAAGAUACAUGCAUGUAUCAACAACUGCAUUCUUUAUUGGAAUGAGUACAAGGAUGAAAAAGUGUGUCCUACUUGUAAAGCACCCAGAUGGAAAGUUGACAGGGAUGGUAAAGUUUACGAGAAUGUUCCAGCAAAGGUAUUGUGGUACUUCGACAUCAUCCCAAGAUUUCAGCGGCUGUUUCAAUCGAAGCACACAGCAAAAGAUUUGAUAUGGCACGAUACCACUAGAAACAAAGACGGUGUUUUACGUCAUCCGGCAGACUCACAUGCUUGGAGAGAGAUAGAUAACAAUUUCCCAGAAAUUAAAGGUGAUCCAAGAAAUCUGCGGUUAGCUGUUUCGGCUGAUGGAGUUGAUGUAAACACAGGCACCAAACAUCACAGUGGAAAGAGAACAUGGGAUGCAUAUGCCCAAGAAAUGUUUACUCUACGUGCAGUUGUUUUGUGGACGAUAAACGAUUAUCCUGCUCUUGGUACACUAUGUGGUUGUCGCUACGCUGGAUAUCAUGGUUGUGUGGUUGUCGUAAAAAAACGCACAGUAUUAGGCUUCAUGACUCAAACAAGAAUGUUUAUGUUGGUUAUAGAAGAUUUUUACCCUAUGAGCAUCCGUUCAGAAGGCAGAAGGGGGCAUUUGGCGGAAAACAAGAGUGGGAGACUGCUCCAGAACCAAUGA